AUGGCCCCCACCGGGACGGCCUCCGCCGGUCACCUCCGUCCCCACCGGGAUGGCCCCCACCGGGACGGCCUCCGCCGGUCACCUCCGUCCCCACCGGGAUGGCCCCCACCGGGACGGCCUCCGCCGGUCACCUCCGUCCCCACCGGGAUGGCCCCCACCGGGACGGCCUCCGCCGGUCACCUCCGUCCCCACCGGGAUGGCCCCCACCGGGACGGCCUCCGCCGGUCACCUCCGUCCCCACCGGGAUGGCCCCCACCGGGACGGCCUCCGCCGGUCACCUCCGUCCCCACCGGGAUGGCCCCCACCGGGACGGCCUCCGCCGGUCACCUCCGUCCCCACCGGGAUGGCCCCCACCGGGACGGCCUCCGCCGGUCACCUCCGUCCCCACCGGGAUGGCCCCCACCGGGACGGCCUCCGCCGGUCACCUCCGUCCCCACCGGGAUGGCCCCCACCGGGACGGCCUCCGCCGGUCACCUCCGUCCCCACCGGGAUGGCCCCCACCGGGACGGCCUCCGCCGGUCACCUCCGUCCCCACCGGGAUGGCCCCCACCGGGACGGCCUCCGCCGGUCACCUCCGUCCCCACCGGGAUGGCCCCCACCGGGACGGCCUCCGCCGGUCACCUCCGUCCCCACCGGGAUGGCCCCCACCGGGACGGCCUCCGCCGGUCACCUCCGUCCCCACCGGGAUGGCCCCCACCGGGACGGCCUCCGCCGGUCACCUCCGUCCCCACCGGGAUGGCCCCCACCGGGACGGCCUCCGCCGGUCACCUCCGUCCCCACCGGGAUGGCCCCCACCGGGACGGCCUCCGCCGGUCACCUCCGUCCCCACCGGGAUGGCCCCCACCGGGACGGCCUCCGCCGGUCACCUCCGUCCCCACCGGGAUGGCCCCCACCGGGACGGCCUCCGCCGGUCACCUCCGUCCCCACCGGGAUGGCCCCCACCGGGACGGCCUCCGCCGGUCACCUCCGUCCCCACCGGGAUGGCCCCCACCGGGACGGCCUCCGCCGGUCACCUCCGUCCCCACCGGGAUGGCCCCCACCGGGACGGCCUCCGCCGGUCACCUCCGUCCCCACCGGGAUGGCCCCCACCGGGACGGCCUCCGCCGGUCACCUCCGUCCCCACCGGGAUGGCCCCCACCGGGACGGCCUCCGCCGGUCACCUCCGUCCCCACCGGGAUGGCCCCCACCGGGACGGCCUCCGCCGGUCACCUCCGUCCCCACCGGGAUGGCCCCCACCGGGACGGCCUCCGCCGGUCACCUCCGUCCCCACCGGGAUGGCCCCCACCGGGACGGCCUCCGCCGGUCACCUCCGUCCCCACCGGGAUGGCCCCCACCGGGACGGCCUCCGCCGGUCACCUCCGUCCCCACCGGGAUGGCCCCCACCGGGACGGCCUCCGCCGGUCACCUCCGUCCCCACCGGGAUGGCCUCCACCGGGACGGCCUCCGCCGGUCACCUCCGUCCCCACCGGGAUGGCCUCCACCGGUUACCUCCGUCCCCACCAGAACGGCCUCCACCAGUCAUCUCCAUCCCCACCAGGACAGCCUCCACCGGUCAUCUCCAUCCCCACCGGGAUGGCCUCGAUCGAUCACCUCCAUCUCCACCAGGACGGCCUCCACUGA